GGCAGCGGAGCCCCGCGGCCGCAGCAGCCGGGGAGGCCUUCGCGCUUCCGUGCCGGCGGCGGCCGGGACAGGACCCUCGGGCAGGGACAGCGCCCUCGGGCCGGGAUUUUGGUGGCCGGGACUGCGCGGGCGGCGGAGCCAUGAGCCCGGCAGAAAACAUGAAGGAUAUCCUCGUGAUAUAUGAACAAGAAGCAGAAGAGUGGGCUCUGUAUUUAAAAUCUCUUUUUGGACUCAUAGUUAAUGAAGAAGGAAUCUUACUCUACGAUCUAGAGAAUUCAUCUUGCAAGCACCAGGAGCUACUCGGUUUACUGUCUUAUAAAUGUAAACUCCUGAUACUCUCAUGUGGACUUCUUAACUGCCUGAAUCAAAAGAGAAGUUAUUUUCUGGAACAAGUUCUAAAACCUCCGGAUAAUGUGGUAAUUCUGCUUUGUGGGGUGGAGAAUUCAGAAAUUCUUUAUGAGAUACUGACCUUAGACGGAGAGAGCAAAGAGAUUUCUACUGAUCAGAAACCUGAGGAAUAUAUUUUGGUUGUUAAAGGAAUUAUUCAACCAGAUAAACCACUGGAUGAAAAUCCUGGAGACUCUGUGUCUUACAUCUAUGAAGCAGUUCUUGCAGAGGAUCACCAGACUAUCUCUGAUAUUAACUUGUCAGAUGUCAGGAGAGCAUCAGAAGAAACAAACCUCACUUUUAAAACAGAGGUACUCUCUGAAAGAUUAGAAAGUAAUGAGCAGUCAAUAUUGGUGCUUCCGAGAAGAUUAUCAUGUGAGAACCCUGGUGAAAUAUUCAUUCUGUUGAAAGAUGAAAUAGAUGAAGAAACUCUAGAAAUUGAAUUCGUAGCAGAUAAUCAACGAAUUAGAACACAGACAGCCUCUUGGAACAAGAAGGUCAAAUACGUGAAAGCCCUAGAUUUUCCUGCUGGCCCUGUAUAUGUAAAUGUCUACUGUGGGGGAGUCAUUAAGACGACAGCACAGAUUGAGUACUAUACUGCACUAGAGGAAAUUGAACCCAUUUUAAAGAAAGUGGCUGACCCAAUAGCUUUCACUUGUCAGCAGGCAUUGAAAUUUUCUUCUGUAGAGAAGGUAGACAAUGUUCUGACUUCAUUAUUGAAAAGCAAGAUAUCUAGUUAUGAAUUCAGCCCGUUCCAAAGUGAAGAAGAGCACCAUCAACAAGCUAAUAGCCAUUUGGAAGAAUUUCCUACCCUACUUCACUGUGCAGCCAGAUUUGGCUUGAAGAACCUUGCAACAUUUCUACUCAGUUGUCCGGAGGCCACACAGGCUUGCAAAAUAACCAAUAAAUACGGAGAUGAUCCAGAAAGUAUCGCAAAGAAGCACGGGCACAAGGAGCUAAGAAAAUUAAUCAAAGAAUUGUCAAAUUAUGCAGCAAGUGAUUUCACUAAUUGCAAGGAGGAAGCAGAAGACAGCAACACUUACGAGGUUAUGUUAGGCUCAGAAACUCCACCAGCCAUGGUAUUAAAAGCCAAGCAGAACUCAGGAGAUCGGCAUGCAACUGGAUUGAGAUGCCAACAAGAAGUCGAGGUGGAUGAGGAAAAGAAGGAUGACCUAAAACCCAGCAGAGAGGAGACAGAAUAUGAAGAUGAAGAAGAGGAGGAUUCAUACAGCUUUCACAACAGUCCUAGCAGUUUGUAUGCCAACAUAGGGGCUGAGCUCAAAGAGAGCAGAAGAGAUUGCUUUUUCUGCAAGAGGCCACCCCCUCCUUCCCCUCAAAAUCUUCCUGGCAUCCAAAGACAGGACAAUCUGCACAAUUUAUCACAAGAGAGGAAUUUUAUGAUGGACAGGAGUAGAAGAGAGCACAGUGAUGGCCACACAACAGCAUGCUGCAGAGAAGACCCAGGUACCUGUGAGGACAGUGAGGAAGAGCACCCCUACACUUGUGUGGCACUGGAUGAAUGUGUGUACGAUUUCAUACUGGAGCAGGAGGAGCAGGAGGAGGAGAAAAGGAAGCACUGCAGGUCCUUUAUCAUGAACAGGCCGCCAGCCCCUGCCCCCCGGCCCGUGUGUUCGCCCAGCAGAGAGGAGAACACUCCCUACAUAGUACAAGUGUUUCAGCAAAAGGCCACUCGAGCGACCAGUGACAACAGCAGGACAUACUGCGAGGCCAGGAAUCCCGCAGCACACAGAGGCCACACUGAGACAGUAACUUACAGCACUGUGGUACACAACAUCCCUCCUGAACAGAAGGAACUCAUCCACUUGCAGGAACAGGUGAAAAAGGGGGAAAUUUCUGUGGAUGAAGCCCUUGGCAGAUUUAAGGAGUGGCAGAACAAAAAGCAGAGACUACCAUUCACUCAACAGGAAAAAGAGCAUCAUCUUAGAGACACCACUAUCAGGAACAGACAAGAAAAUGAAAACCUGAAUGGUAAUGAGCAAGACAGAGGCCAAAGAGGACAACCUAUAACUCAGCUGGCCUUCAGGAGACAAAUACUGCAUUAAGCAAGUGUUAAGCUUGAUUUAUUGUUAUUGGUGGUGGUGUUACUACAACUAUUAUUAUUUCAAUGCCAGCAACUUCUAUAAUGGUUGAAGGUAGGUCUUGGAAAAAAUGUUAGAUGUUUUAGUGGUCCUCCAAUGACAAAUAUACCCAUGGGACAAAUGAGCAAUUCAGUCUUUGCAGCUGUUCAGUCUUGGCCUCCCUGGCAAGACUGGCAAGGUAAGUGGCUUGCUGUGGAAAGGUCAAAGCUUCUUCCACAGGCUACUCAACUGCAAGCAUUUAUUUCUUAGCUGUUAAAAUCAGUAGGUACUGACACUGAAGUGGCCUUCCUAUCCAAGAAGGGCAAGCUUACUAGCUGUAAGUAGCCAGGUCAUCCACUGCAGUAAAGGCAUCCUCCACAGAAUUUCUUCUUCCAGAUUUUGAUUUCCAAAUCUGUAGAUGCCCAACUUGCUGCCAAAGACCAAAUCUCUUUCCCAUCUUGAUCCAAAAAACACCCAGAAGAGCACUGUGCACAUUCUACAAACUGGCAGGUUAUUGAUUACAUUUGCUAUCCAAAAUGUCUGGCUUCAUUCCUCAGCCCUCAUCAGUGCCUUGUUUUUAGUCCAAGUUGCUAACAGAUUGCUUAUUCAUCAGUUGAUGCCUCUCCAGCUUGCAGGUUGUGACUAAGUAGAGUUCCCUGAAAACUAAAAAAACAUCUCUCAUUUUUGAGCACAACCACCAAUUUCUGUUGUCUCUGCUAAGGUAAUAGGACGAUGAACAAAGACAGAGCCUAAUUUUGGCAUUUGGAUCCACAGGCACUAAAACUGCUUUAGUCAACCCAGUUAGCAAAGUUGGAAUACCAUGGGACCCUGAAGCACAUACAAGCUUUUGUAUGUUUGGACAGUGAGGAAGUCAUAGAAAAGCUGCUUUUUUCUUCAUGACUUCAACAGUAUUUCAGUCAGGACUUCUAAUCUUGAAAAUACUUGCUUGGUGUCCACUGGACUUGUGAAGGAACAUCUGUAGCCUGGCUUAUUCCCAAUUUCUUAGCUUCACAUGAUGCUCAAAGUUUAAAUCUAGAAAAUAACAAAAAUCUGCUUCCUGCCUUUUUGUCACCAAGUCAGGUCUUCAUGAGGCAAGUUCACAGUCCCACUGCUGACAGGAGUUCACCAAGACAAUGAAUAUCCAUGUAACUCUUGCCUCUCGUAAUUGCCACCAAGAGAGACCAACCUUGCUGUUGGGAGUAAGAGUUGUACAAAAUCUACCUCAUGUCAUUCUCCCACACAACAACUGCUUAUUUUUGUGAAUGUCUCUUGCUCCCCUGCUCCCAGGGACAUGUGUUGUCUUCAUAUUUGAAGUAAAGCACAUAAGAAGUGACUCAUUGUAGAAAUGUGUUUUCUGAAUUAUUCAGCUUUGAAAGAUAUUCUGCACCAGCCUAACAUUGAUUUCAAUUAUUAUUGAUUGCACCUUU